ACGACAAGCCAGGUGUGUCGGCUUGCUCUCUUUCAUUCAUUUUUGCGAGUGUUUACACACUUUUCGGUGUUAAUAUCAGGCUGUUUUCGAUUUGGUUAAAUGUCAGGUCUAGAUACAAGCUCUGGUGUGAGCGAAAAUGAAGAGUUGUUUAAUUUACCAACAGUACAAUGACUGAACAAUCUUUUACGCUAUUCAUUUUUUUUAUCCUGGGUUUUACCGCAGCCGAUUCAUAUCUUUCUUCUUCCAGACCAUGCCAAGACCGCAGGUUUGCUCUUGACUUUCCUAGCACGAGUGGGAAUGGUUUUGCAAGUUCCCCUGUAGAAGCAACACGUCCACUCACGGCGUUCACUCUAUGCAUGAGGAUAAACAGUACCAACACUGGACAAAUAUCUCUCUUCAGCCUCUAUUCACAAGACAACUCAGGGAAGGAAAUGGAACUAGUAGACAUUCGUCGUGCUGCUUCAGAUAUAACGGUCAAGAUCGGGACUAAUGAAACGACGUUUUCCGGUGCUUUCCGUCAGAGUUUCUGUUUGACUUGGGACAGCGACAACGGGAAAGUCUUCCUCUUUCCUAGCGGGAACAGCGAUUACGGUGUAGCUGCCAAAGGGUACAGGAUUCAACCAAAAGGGACCGCUUAUAUUGGUCGUAAGCCUGCAGGUCUCCUUCGCUUUGAUGGAAGUAUUGGUGGGGUGAAUGUCUGGGAUUACGUUCUUCCCCGUCCAGCUAUUUACGCACUGACUACCCGAUGUGGAGCGGAGGCAGGAAAUGUCCUUCAAUGGUCUUCCACUAGUUGGCGGAUUACUGGAGAUGUACGAAUCAGUGAGGAAAUUUGCCCCACUCAAGCGGAUUUGACUGGAGGAGUGUUGGAUGCGUCAGCGUAUUGGAAGUUGGAUGGACAGAAUAAGAACGUCAGCCUACAGUACUCUGCCGUUUAUUUAGAGGGAACGUCAAAAACAACCAAUGCCUUGUACCUCGAUGGGACAAAAGCUUUUGCACAAAUACCAUCACUUCAGCUGGAAAAGACGUUUACUAUCGCAUGCUGGGUUCGACACAUGAACACCUACUCACCAUUUCGCGACGUCUUGAUAUCAGAUAAGAAAAGCAACGAUAACAGCACCAGUAUCAUAUUAGAGCUAUCCACUGAUCGUCGGAUUACCCUCACAAGAAGAAAGACGACUGGUGAAGACGUAAAGUGGACACUGGGGAAUAACGCUUUGCCGAGGAACGAGUGGCAUCACGUUGGCGUUACCUUUGAGGCAAGCCGGUAUGUUAUGCUGUGGAUAGACGGAAAGCUACUGGACCAACAGAAUGUCACUUCAUCAGAUUUUCUUCCUGGGUCUUCUCAGACAUGGGAUAUCGGUGGAGAUCAGUCUGACAGAUACGGGUAUUUCCAUGGCUAUAUCAGCAAUCUCUUCAUCUUCUCCAGGGUGGUGGACUCAUGGCCAAGAAUUAUGGCUUUUGACACGUUUUCUAGCGAAUUCUCGAGAUGGCUUCCGUUGUACCCCACACCCCAUAGCCCAGCUAUUCAAACACGAGAGCAGACUACCGCCGAGCUCGGCACUUGUUAUGAAACACGCAAUUAUACUUAUGUGGACUGUUUUGGGGCACUUCUCUCCGGCAAUCAUGAUGCCAUCAUCACCGUACCAGACCCCUUCACCGGGAUCAUGACCACCAUGCACUGCGAUCACUCCACCAAUGGAGGAGGUUGGACUAUUAUCGCCAGAUGGCCCCAAAACACGUCUUCGGAGCGUCCCGAUAAAGAAUACGAGAAAGGAUUCGAUGACAGCGUGACCGGGGAGUAUUUUCUUGGACUAAAGAUGAUUGCAUGGCUUACUCAAUACCCAAGUCAACUGUUGACCACCUACACCAGCAGUUCCGUCACGACUUACGCCUUGUAUGAUUCGUUUCGUUUGGACAGCACAUCGUACGAGGCUUCCUCUGCGGGUUUUUCUGGCAGUGCUCAAGAUACGAUUUUGUCGGAAAUUAUAGGCGAUAAAAACAAGGAUAGUGUAUUCAAACUAAGACCUAGAAGAGGAAUUGAAAGCGACUACAGCAUAUUGUUCAAGCGUUCGAGAGAAGCAAAUGAUUCUCUUGAAGUGAAUGGCUUGGUUGAACUAAAAUUCUUCACAGCUUGCUUGUGGACCAAGCUAAGAAAUAAGAACACCGGAUCACUGUUUUCGAUAAGGGACUCGAAUGACUUUAUCACUGCGCGCAUAGGACCAGACUACAGUAGCAUCCAAAUUGUUAACUCAAAAAGCAGUUUCGAUUUCAGCGUCGAUCUUCAUGGAGAUCUCUUUGACGACCGUUGGCAGCAUUGGUGCUUCACGUUUGACUCGCAGCGGCCAUCACCAUCAGCUAGUAUCUCUUUAUACCACGAAGGCAGAUUGCAACAAAAGAAGUUCUACAAUCUGAACCCUAUUCGCUAUGGUGGAACCUUAUCCAUUGGAAUGCAUAAAACUCUAGAUGACGAUCUUCGCAAGUUGAUUGGUCACAUUGCGCAUUUCAACUUGUGGGAUAGUGUCCUUACAGAUGACGUCAUAGCUCGGUCGGCCCGAGGCCCUGGCUUGUUCUCUGGUAAUGUGGUUCCUUGGACAGUUCUCAGAUCCUGGGUAUCGGGGAAUGUUCCUGUGCUUUACCCAGCGUCUUGUCAUCUCCAAGAACUAUACCAUUGGGGAUAUAGUACAGCAAAUGAAUCUCAACUCGUUGAUAAGGUACAAGCGAAGCUGGCGUGGAUAGAGGGUGGACGAGUUGAUAAACGCACUGAUGAAUGGGUGAUGGAGGAUCCGGCACGGCUAGUCACAGGACACGUAGGCCGUGCGGACUCUGGGGUGUCAGUAUCGUUUUGGAUGAGGCAACAAGCACUUAUAUCACAUAUCCUUGGGGAUAACCAAGUGUUUCAUGAUUUACUGCGUUCCUGGCUCGAACCUCAUGUGGUACCCUGGACUUCCUGGAAACUCUGCUAUUCGUCCACCACAGAUGGAUGGUUCAUGUCCAGAUUCCACCGGCAGUGUGAUUACAUGGGUCCUACUCUAACUUUGAUGAGAUCAGGAGAGAACGUGUUUGGCGGGUUUAUUCAUCACAGCUGGGGAGAUUUCGCAGAGCUCGAUGGCUACUUACCCAGCUCCUCGGCAUUCCUCUUCGCUCUGAUCAACCCGUAUAAUCUGCCUCCGACUUACUUCCCGGUAAAACAACCGAAAUCCAGUCAGGCAGGCCGGUGGAACAGGUUUUUAGGUCCCACGUUUGGUAUCGAAGAUCUGGUUUGUCAAGAGGAGCGUCAUGGCCGCUAUGUGUGUUCCAGUAAUGUCGGUAGCGUCUACGCGAUGCAAGAGAAUUUCAAUAAGGUUACAAACGGUAGCAGCGUGUUCACGGGCAGUAGAUGGUUCAUAUUAGACGAAAUGGAAGUGUUUUUCUAUAAUGAUGCAAAUCUUGACAGUAUAAACGUCUCAUUGACAUCCGCUUCCUCUGCUCGGUACGGGUAUGCUCCCAUCCAAGGCCUUCUAGCAGCAGGUGCUAGUCCCGCGCGUGCAUGGUGCUCAGCCGACAGUAAUGGCUACCUCGAGGCAGAAUGGGGUCAGUACCACACUGUGACCCAUGUCACCGUGGAGGGACUCUCUCCUGGGAACUUCACCAAAUCGUUCAAUAUCAGCUACGCGUUGCAUAACAGCUAUAUGAGUGAAGAGUGGAAUAACAUUCCAGACGUUUUCUUGACAAGAAGAGGGGGCCUGGCCACCACACAUGCAUUCUCGCCGCCUCUACACGCAUUCAAGAUGAGGUUUUACCCAAUCACGUGGUCGGGCGCGUGGCCAUGCAUGCGCGUAGCUAUUUUCUCCGCUCACAAGCGUUGUGGGUCCGCGCAUGGCAUGGAAAAUGAGAAGCUGAUUCCAGACGAGAGGUUGACUGCGUCGUCGACAUUUCAGAUAGAGAAACUUGAUAAAAUGCACGAGUACCGCUGGCCGCGUCAAGGCCGGCUCAAUAAUAACCAAGGUGCCAAGAAAUGGGUGCCUUCCGCAAUGGAGACUCAAGAAUGGUACCAGGUAGACCUGGGCAAGGAAAACCAGGAAAUCACUUGUGUGGCCAUCCAACCUAACUCUAAUCACGAACAAUAUAUCAAAGGCUUUGAAGUGCCGUACAGUAAUGACGGAGCUGCGUGGGAAAUUUUAAAGGGGUAUAGCCAUGUUAAGCAUCAAUUUAAAGCGAACUACAACAACUUACUAAAUAGUUUCACAACAUUUCCAAGAUCUGUCCUGGCGCGUUUUCUAAGAAUCCAAAGUACAGAGUGCGAGAAAUACUGUACCCUGCGUAUGGAGUUGUACGGACGAAAUAUAGGGAUACAACAGAACAUAACAGGUUUGUCCAUAAACUUCCGCCGAGGUAAAUACGAUGUACAAUACUCCACGGCAAAGCAAACAUGGCAGCUCUUGUACCCAGUGAAAGAAGGUCUAAGUCACGUGAUAAUCACGUGGUCAGAGGCCAAUGGGCUGAAGCUGUUUCUCGAUGGUGUUUUAAAGAGACAUAGUAUAAAUCCUGUUAACAAGACUACUAUCAGUUCUCCCGUGAACAGCGAAGCUAAGAUCGAGAUUAAGACGUCGCCGAGAGUUGGCCCUGGUCAGCUCCCAGUGGCUCUUGGUGCGCUGAAGGUCUGGCCAGCAGAACUAGGACAAGAGCAAGUCAAGGGGCUGUACCAGUCAGCCGUCUGCGACUUUGAGAGUGGUUUGUGUAUUGGCUCAGUCUUUUCACCGGUCACAAAUUCUUCCUGGAUCCGUACUCUAUACUGUGUAAACACAAACAUGCCAGGGAAUUGUACAGAUGGAUCCAGAACAGGGUAUUUCCUGAUGUUAAAGUCGUCACAAGGGCUUCACGGCCAAUCAUCUAUGAUUAAUACGACCAAGCUGGUCAGCAGAUAUUCUUGCUUCACCUUUCAAUACCUUAUGCUCGGUUCAGAUGUUGGCCGGCUUAACGUUUAUCAGAUCGGUUACCAUGGAAAUAAGACAUUUUUAUGGAUGAUGUAUGGAAACCAAAGCGAAGAAUGGCAGGAUGCAAGGAUACCGUUAUCAUCUGUACAUGACUUCAAGGUGACCCUUGAAGGCGUGUCAGGCGGUUCGUAUCAAGGCUUCAUUGCAAUUGACAACGUCACGGUCACCAUAGAAAGCUGUAAGACACACCCUCCGAUAGCCCAACCGAAGGCAGGAGUUUUCAGCUCCUCCAUGCUAAGGCACAAGGCCACGCUAAGGGAGAAUAUCACGGGCAUGCUUGCCACACAAGGGCAGGGGUCUCGCUCGUGGAUGCCGUGUUACAGACUACGUAGCAAUGGCGCAGACCUGACCACAUUCGACAAGCUCUGUACCGGCAAGGGCCCCACUGUCACUGUAGCCCGCACUGGGAAUGCUCUUCUUGGUGGUUUUACAGAACAGAGCUGGAACCAGGAAAUAAAAAACCCUGAUGCCUACAGCCUCGAUUUCUCGGCCAGUGGUGAUAAGUACGUCUCACGGGCGGUGCCGACUCGCCUGAACGCAAUCACACUGUCCAUCUGGUUGGGGUUCCUAUCGGAUUCCUUGUCAACGAUUGUGUCAGCCACGAACUUGACGUUAAAAUGCUUGGCAAAUUCCAUACAAGUCCAAAAGACACUCUAUUUGACCUUACAGAUAGGAAGCACUGAAGUACAAACCAGCGCCUUGAUAAGGGAGUCCGGCUGGCACCACGUCUGCGUAAUGUGGGAGAAUGGGGUCAAGUCUGCCGCUAUUUACGUAGACGGAGUCAUUCUCGCUGAACAAGCCACUGCGGACGAUAUCAUUAUUGAAAAGGAUUCUGAAGUGUACUUCGGUAACCAUAACUUCGGAGGCAAGCUAAGUCAGAUCAACGCCUGGUCAUUCCGGGUUAGCGGGCCCUUCGUCGCGUUGCUUGCCAGUGGCUGUGGAAGUAUAUCCCAUGGGGACGUGUUGGCGUGGUCGUCCUUUAGAAAUAGCAUUGUGGGUGAUGUUAAGAUCAUCUCAUCGGGAUGCGAGGAUAGCUCAGCAUUUGAUUACGAGGUGUUUUUCUCGUACAAGCAAGGCGAGCGAGGCUUUAUUUCUAUCCCGAAUAUUACGAUCAGUAACACCUUCACGCUUAGUUGGUGGAUGCUUGUCCAAAGUGUUCAGCGCGUUUACGUCAUGACAAGUGUUGGUAAUCCAGGCUGUGGUGCGUCACCCACCAAGGUCUACCUGAAGGUGUGGUUCGAGUUUGACGGAGUCAAGAGGAAGUUCCAUUUGUCCAUUAGUCCUCCAUGUGAGACGGAAACACAAGAAUGGGAACUUGAAGUACCAGAUAAGCUUGGUGAUCUGUUUUGGCAUCACAUCGCUGUCACUCACUCGAGUGGCAAAGUGCAGCUGUUCAUUGACGGUACAUUAAAGGGGGAGACCCAGUUGGCACUAAAAAACAUUAAUGCUACAGGUAGUAAUAUCGUCAUCUGGCAAUUUCCAAAUGAUGGCUUGCUCAAUGGAAGCGCGGAUGCGAUCACUGGUUCCGGUGGUAGACUUUCUAGUUUUAAUAUGUGGAAUGUCCAGUUUGACCGGGAAUCCAUUGAACUGUUGGCGACUUCGUGCGGGGAAUAUCGAGGAAAUGUCAUCGGCUGGGAUUCGCUGCAGAAACGAGCAGUUGGAGCACGGGUGCUGAUGAGGGCCGGCUGUAACAGCGACAACUACCGACCUGAUUCCAAGGCCUUUGUUUACUACAACGGCUCGGCGGCCAUGCGCGUGCGCACUCAUUACUCACAUGUCGCAACCGCUGACAUAGAUUAUCAAGGACCGGUGUUUGGAAAAUUCAGCGAUAUUUCCAUAGGAAUAGGAGGAAACAUGAGCCGUGGAAAUGUCCAGGACUUUCUUUCUUUCGAGGAAAACGCUCAUGAUCCCGGACGCUUUGUGUUUGAUGAUGUGGAAGUGCUUUAUCAAAAAGAGUCACUGUGUGAGCCCGCGUGUCCGUAUAAUCAACAAUGCGACGAGGUCAGCGGUGGCUGUCAGUGUACGCUGACGAACAAACCAACUGGACUUUGUAAUAUAUAUUCUAAAUACGCGAAUGCGACUCACUUUUGGCCGUUAGAUGAUACCCGUGACACGGUCAACUGGAAUGGCAGAUAUUGGGACAAGCACGUGGAUGGCGCUGUUUACCUGACUCGAGGAGUAAAUAACCACGCCCUUUGCACCAACGAGCAUAUCUACCUGGAUACCCAUCACACACUUUGCUACAAGAACUCGCCACCUUCUUGCCCCUCGGGGUACACAUUCUCAAUUUGGAUGAAGACCGAAAAAGAUGGCAACCCGCUCAAUAUGGACAAAUUUAUACUUAUAUAUUUGAUUAGCAGUGCUCGUUUUAUGGUUGUUUGUAGAACCACAGGUGAUAAGUUUGUGUUUGACUUUUCUUAUAACAUCUGGAUUCAUUUGGUCAUAACCUAUGACAAGCCGUCCCUACUGAGAUUGUAUAAGAAUGGUGAAGAGUUGACCAAGGUCGAUUCAAUUGACAAAGAAUCUAGCACUUUAAAGCCAGUGGAUAUGAGCAAAGGCUGCUUUGAUGACAUUGCGUUCUGGGACCGUCCCCUGUCUCAUUCACAGGUUGUGGACCUGUACGAAUCGUACACCAAAAAAAGCGGCUUUUCUUUAAGUGUGCAAGCCGUACUUACUUCAGAGACCUGGUAUUCUGAUCACCAAAACCCCGACAGCGAAGCGUACCAGUCCCUUCGUGCCACUAUACAAGACAACGUUCAAAACUGCUAUUCGAGCCAUAGCGGCGUCACCAGCCAAGUCACCACCAUCUCGUUCAGAGAAAAAGACGGUAAGGUGAUGGCGAACUUCUCGAUUCAACAUUACGGACUGACAAGUUAUCUCCCUAUUGCUAUGGUAACCGAUAACAUGACAACAGAUUAUCGAUUGGGUUCGAUACCUGUCAGUGACGCCCGCUACUCAUCCCCUGACGUUUCUGUCAACCCGCCGUCUAACGUCACGGUAGUUGCCAAUGCAACAUUUUUGGUAGUGUCUUGGACUCCUCCAGAUAUGGCCGAAGAUGUUGCAUCCAUAGCACAGGGAUACCGCGUCUACUGUCGACAGUCACCCUCCAAAAGUCAUGUGGUCACUCUGCCUGGUUUCGUCACCAGUGCCCAGUGCGUGAAUUUGACGUUAGAGACCACAUACGAGGUGACGGUGGCAUUUUACACGCUACGAGGGGAGGGGAGAAUGAGUGAUGCCGUCCGUGCUACCACUAGUGGAGAGCUCAUUGCACCCAAUAACUUCACGGUAGAUCACGUGAACAGCACGUGUUUUACUGUCACUUGGCAAACUGUAUCCGUAGCUCAGGGUUAUAGGCUGUAUUACGAACAAGCCUCCAAGCUGAGCCUAUCAGAGGAUGAGGAACAGAUUCUACUGAAGUGCAUUCAACAUGAUAUCAACCCUUCAGCUACAAGCGCAACGAUUUGCAAGCUGCGUCCACACACCAUGUACAUAAUGGCGAUUCGCGCGUAUGAUUGGCGCGCAGGACCGACCUCGGAACCUAUAAACGUCACGACACUUGAAGGAGUUCCCAGUGGAUACCCCACGAAAAUAAGUUGCCUCAACGCCACCUUGACCAGCUUGGCGGUGCAGUGGCAAGGUAUCCCCGAUAACGCUUCGAACGGCGUUAUAAGGGGCUAUCACUUGAGUUAUCGCCUCAAGGACUCGAUCAACUCGACAUUCUCCGUAUCCAUCGCAGCAUGCCAUUACGUCACGCUCGAUGGACUUGGCGGGUCCAAGGCGUACGUCAUCACCGUGGCAGGGUUCACAGCGGCUGGGAACGGAUCCUGGUCUGCCCCUGUCGUGUGUUGGACUGCGGAAGAGGCCCCUUCCUCGUAUCCUAGCAACAUCACAAUUACCAACGUUACCAGUACCACAUUGAGCCUGCAGUGGGGCCCAGUACCAGCGGAAUACCGCAAUGGACUGAUUGUGAGUUAUACAGUGCGAUACCAUAUCAGCGGUAACUCCACUUACAAAGAGAUGAUGAUCGCCAACUGUAACCAGUCAGCGGUGAUAAUCAAUCUGCGCAUGUUCACUCGGUACAUUCUACUCGUACGCGCGUCCACCAAGGUAGGAGGGGGCCCGUGGAGUGAUGUUAUCAACGUGACCACACAAGAAGGAGCCCCCGCUGUGUCACCACCCAAUGUCCGUGGCUACAACACGAGCUCCACAUCUAUAACAGUCACAUGGGGGGACAUUCCCACGGGCGAACUGCACGGUAUUCUCCGCUACAUAGUGGUGGUGUACCACAGGGCCGAUGAUCGGACCACCACCCAAGAGUAUCGGCACCCUAUGACAAGCUACCACAGCAGCAGAAGACGCCGUCGCUCGGUGGAUAGCAGUCAGAUGCUGACGAUUGGCAACCUGACCAAAUAUACGAUGUACACGAUCCGGGUAGGAUUGUAUACUCUCACCCUUGGCCCGCUUAGUCCCGCUAUCAACGUCACAACUGAUGAGGAUGUACCUAGCAUGCCCCCAUUGAAUCUGACGGUGACCAACAUAACAACAAGUAGCUUUUUCGUUUCCUGGAGUCCCCUCCCAGCAGACAGCGCUAACGGGGUCCUACUUGGAUACGUCUUGCGCUGGUAUGAGGUGGACAAUUCGACGGGAGAGGCAAUAGAACGCGUAUACACUGCAGCGUACAACGAGUUGUUCUAUACUGUGAAUGGCCUCAGGCCUUACACUCUGUACUUGGUCAGUGUGGCGGGGUACACUCAGCGAGGAAGCGGAGCAGUCAGCCAAAAGCCAGCCACAACCGUCCAGAAAGCCCCUGAUGGUCCUCCAUUGAAUGUCACUGGUGAACCGCUCUCGACUCACGAAAUCCGAAUCACGUGGCAACCUGUUGCUAAGCAGCAACAAAAUGGCUUGAUCACGUGGUACCACGUGGUGCUUUAUGACAUCACCAAAAGUGUUAAGGUGCGCGAAGCGAAUGCAACUGGAUCCUUGAUUUUUGUAGAUUUCGUUGGUCUCUCUGUGAAGACAAACUACACUGUGCAUGUCCGAGCAUUCAAUAGCAAAGGUGCCGGGCCAUUCAGCGAAUGGAAAGAAGUUUCUACUGGAAAAGCAGUGCCUAACCUCCCACCCGCAAACGUGACCGCACGCGCUACCGGCAGCACCAGCGCGCAUGUGCAGUGGAGUAACCUUCACCUGUCACUAAUCGGGGCGAUCCGUGGCUACCGCGUAAGAUUUACGGGUGUCAAUCACCCGUUCGCCGCCACGCGGACCACCGCUGUGCCGUACUCAACGCAGGAAACUAACCUGACGGGGCUGUACAUGUAUACGUUGUACGAGAUCACAGUCGCUGCGUUCACCACCCGUGACGGAAACUACAGUGACCCCGUGUACAUCACCACGGAGCAAGGAGUUCCUUCAGUGGCUCCUGGUAACAUGGACAUCUCGCUUCUAAGUCCUUCCGUCAUUUCCAUCGUGUGGGACCCGAUACCCGCGGGAUACCGUAAUGGUGAAAUAACGGCUUACCGAGUACGGUACCGGAGGCGUGGGGAGAGCGAGUAUGUGACGAGGAUUACGGCAGCGACGGACAUCAAGCUUACGGGAUUACAAAUGGCGGAGCAGUACGAGAUAAGAGUAGCGGCCGGCACUGUCAAGGGCUAUGGGAACGAGACUGUUCACAUGGUACACACGGGAGAAGACGUGCCUGGCCAAGCUCCAUCAAACAUCACCGCCCAGAACCGGACCACUCUAACCACCAUACCGGUUUCCUGGGUACCAGUGCCUACCGAACACAUGAACGGCGUGCUGACUGGGUACUACAUCCGGUACGUCCUCGUGCGUCUGGGUGACGAGACGGUCAGCACGCAGGAGCACGUUGGAUUGGAUGUUCCCCCGGACAACACGUCUGCUGUACUGAGGGAUCUUCGAGCGCUCGCCGUCUAUCGCAUCGAAGUGGCCGCUAGAACAAGAAGGGGAGUCGGUCCAGCCGGGGUGACAUUUGGAGAGACCUGCAGAUGUAAGAGGAACUUAACGACCAACUGGCGCCAGUACAAGCCCUACGUGACUACAACUGUGAACGGCAGUCCAGGCUUGAUCAUUCCCGUCAUGCUUCAGGAGAUGUUGGUUCAAUGUUGUGGGAGUUGCGCUGAUCACGGCCAAUCACGGCUUGAUCUUACUGUGGACGGGCACAACAAUACGGCACAGAAGAAAACUAUUGAUGAGCUCUUGAAUACCAUAGACGGCGAGACUGACUUCAGCUUCCCUGUACAUGGCUACAAAGGCCAGGACUCGUACAAACGCGGCCUAGGUUACACCCCGAUGGUAGAGUCGCCUGGCGCAGCUUUCGUGGUUGGACAAGUAGACACUACGGCAGCACGAGCCGCCAUGUUUGACAAGGUGAUUGGGACCUGGCCUGUCAUUGUACUACCGCUGGUCAUGGCGUACAUCGCAGGAGCCGUUAUGUGGUUCCUGGAUUCUAAGAUGAACCCCGGGCACUUUCCCCAGUCGUUCAUCCACGGGACGUGGGAGGGGCUAUGGUGGUCGUUCGUGUCAAUCACUACUGUCGGGUACGGUGAUCGCUCCCCCGUCAGUUACUCAGGCCGUAUCUUUGCGGUCAGCUGGACUCUAACUGGCAUCAUCAUCGUCUCUCUGGCCACUGGAGUGCUCACCACCUCGCUCACAGAAAUCACUCUCAAGAGUAAAUCGCGCAUCUAUGGGACCAAGAUUGGGGCAAUCCAUAACAGUCCGGAGUAUUUUCUUGGAUUGAGGAAGAACGGCUAUUACGACGAAGAACAUCCGUACCACACCCUGGAUGAGGUGGUAGCCGCCAUCAAGUCUCGGAAGGUGGAUGGUGCUCUAGUCGACUCGUUUGCCGGCGGUGCUCGUCCAGAUCUGUUUGACACAUCCGCCCUUAGGGUCGUCAAGGCGUUUGACGACAAGACAGCUUACGGAGUGGUGACGUCAGGAGAUGCUAUACAGCUUCGGCAUUGUUUCCAUGGUUACACAUCUGUCAAUCGUGUGCAGAUCUUCGGCAGGAUCAAGGCUAACGUACAACCGAUGAAGGGAGCAGGUAAACCCCUUCCCGUCCAGCUCUCCACAGGCCUGUUCGACAGCACCAGUAACCUCUUUAAGAACACCCUGCGAAUACUUGCCGUAUGGCUUGUUAUUAUUGUCAUGGCUGGCCUCGCUUACGAACUCCGGCGUCGACUAAAGAGCUAUCGUAAAGUUCAAGCAGAGAUGAAUUUACAAGACAGAAGAAGAAAAAAGCUCAUAACAGAGAUGCGUACAAGACUAGAAGAAUUUCACGCGCGCAUGACACGCAUGGUUGACGAAAUGAAGAGCCGACAUCUUGCUGAGCUCAGCCGAGCAAUAGCACGCAAGAAAUGGCUGGAUGGUUUGCAAGAAAAACAGCCUGCAGGCCAGGCAUUUGAUAACGUCAAAAUUGAGGAUGUAAGCUUAUAAAGAGAGAGCGCUUGUUUCCGGGCCCAAAGACAUCGAGGUAGCAUCGUCAAAUUAUCUAGAUCACCAAACAUAGAAAAUUCAUGUUCAUUUGAUCAUCGCCACAAGAAACGCAAAUUCAAAUAACACAAGACAGUAAGACCAUAGUGAAGCUAGCGGGCAACUUAGCGGGCAACCCGGUGAAGCUUACGGCUCUUCAUAUAAUCGCAUUUAACGGCUGACGAUCACAGGCCAUUAUGUACGAUAAACUCAUCCUGCGAUCGUACUCGAUUAUAUAAAACCGGCUCAAAAGGGCAAGAGCGACGCGCGCAUGCUAUGCAUAUUGAAGUAAUAAAAUGCAUUUAACGUGUA